UUGCAAUAAAACGGGAUUUAUAUUCUGGCACUAUUUUCCGGUGAUUACAGCGAAAUUAUCUCGUGAAGUGAUCUAAAUUUUGAAAGGAUAGUUGCAUCGUGUGUUUGUCUUUUUGAGAGUUUGUUUUGGAAGGAAAUCUGAGCGGCGAAAGCGGGAUUAUUUACAUUUUUAGCGAAGCAUCAAGAAGAACAUUUCAGCGAUGGACGAUUUAGACGCACUUUUGGCCGACUUACAAGCAAUUCCAGUUAGUGGAGCGCAAAAGACAACGAGGGACCCAACAGAUCCACCACCACCUUUGCCAAAGGAGAACGGAACGUCCAGACAUACUGGCACAAGUUUAGGUUCAAAUUUAUCCGAAUUAGAUAGUCUCUUGGAAGAUUUGAAUACCACUACCACUCCGAAAGGAGGAAGUAACAGAAGCAGUGAAAAUCGUUUGUCGGAGAACAUCAACAAUCCUCCUCAGCAGAAUCGACCACCAGUUGAAUCACUGCUCAGUGAGCUUGACAAUGCUGUCAGUAGCUCUCGACAACAGCCAAAUGAACCUGAGGCAUCAGUUCAAGAUGUACCACCACCAAACAAGGCCUCAUCCGCAACAAAGGAGCUCGACGACUUGAUGGCAUCUCUGUCUGACUUCAAGGUGAAUGUUCAGACAGUUGGACCUGCUCAGCCUGUCAAGCACAGUGAUGAUUAUGCAAAACCUCAGAGAGCUACCAGCUCAAAUAAACCUGCCCAACAAGGAGGCCAGCCUAUGAGAACAAGUCAACUAGACUCCAUGCUUGGCAGUCUUCAAUCUGAUAUGACCCGCCAAGGAGUGAGUACGGUCAAGAAAGGCACAUGUGCGGCAUGUAAUAAGCCAAUCAUUGGCCAAGUUUGUACGGCUCUCGGCAAGACGUGGCAUCCGGAGCAUUUCACAUGUGUUGCAUGUGAGUUGCCCCUGGGCUCAAGAAAUUUUUUCGAAAGAGAAGGCAAGCCAUUCUGUGAGAAAGAUUACCAUGAAUUGUAUGCUCCAAGGUGUGCUUACUGUAAUGGCCCCAUUCUUGAUUCAUGUGUAACUGCUCUGGACAAAACCUGGCAUCAAGAGCAUUUCUUCUGCCAUCAAUGUGGCAAACCCUUCGGAGAUUCUGGCUUCCACGAGCGAGAUGGCAAGCCUUUCUGCAGAGAUGAUUACUUUGCUGCAUUUGCUCCCAAAUGUGGUGGCUGUGAGCAGCCCAUCAUGGAUAAUUAUAUUGCUGCUCUUGGCCAGCAUUGGCACCCAGAGUGUUUCGUCUGCUAUGAAUGCCAUCAGCCGUUCCCAGGUGGCAGUUUCUUUGAGCACGAAGGAAAGCCUUACUGCGAGAUGCAUUACCACUCAAAGCGUGGUACAUUAUGUUACAAUUGCCAGAAACCUAUCACGGGUCGCUGCAUCACCGCAAUGCAUCGUAAGUUCCAUCCAGAACAUUUCAUCUGCGCCUUCUGUCUGAAGCAGUUGAACAAGGGCACGUUUAAGGAACAAAAUGAUAAACCUUAUUGUCAUACUUGCUUCGUGAAACUCUUUGGUUGAAGAAAAGAAUCAAAGAAUAUUGGAAAAUGUAGAAAAAAAACAGAUGACUUGGGCGGGCUCUUAUUAAGAAGAUGAAUUUAGAAAACUUGAUCCUUGGAGGCAGCCGUUUUGGAUUGAAAGAAUUUGAAUAUAAUUUUCACACAAGGAACGAUACGCGAUGCGCGCAUGUGGCCUUUUUUCUGUUUCGCAACAGAGGAAAACCAGCAAAACAGAACAUUCAUUUUAUUUUGGUAUUAACUAUAGUGAAGAUAUUCAUAGUUUAUUUCGAAUUCUUUAAUUUUUCUCAAAAAAAAAAUAGGGUUAUAAUGUAGUAAAUAUAGAUCUGGGCAUGUGGGAUGGUCUUGAAGAAGUUCUGAGUUCGUAAAAUACGAGCUAAAAUCACGUCGACGAGUUAGAAAACGAGGGGUUUAAUUUCAUUAAACUCUCUUAAACUGGAGUUCCAGCACGUUGCUGAGUAUAAAUCAGGGGAAUUUUCGAUAAGCUCUCGUCAAAAUUUUAACUAUGCUCUUUUUGAACGAAAUACCUGGCUAGUUCGCUGUGGUCUUCUCCUAAAAUGUACCAUAGAAUUUCAGUGACUCAAUAAUGACCAACGCCCAAUAUUUGUGUAUAUUCAAAUAGGAUUUUUAUGUCAACGAAUAA